GAAAACUCACAGGCUUAAUUUGCACAUCAAGCAUAAGUCUACGGACCAUUAUGUAAGAAAACAAAACUACUUGAACAAUAACCAGAAGUCAAAGUCAAAGUCACCUCCAGUUCCAGCAUCACUUCCAUCAGUAUAAUAAGGUUUGUGGGAUUACCAAAAAUGUUAUUUACUGCUCUUCUUUUGAUCUGCCUUGGAAGGCAAUUAGUGGCAUCAGAUGUCUCUAAUCAUCGCUUCGGUAAAGGCGAUAUAGUACCCUUCUAUGCCGACAGAGUUGGCCCAUUCUCUAAUCCCCGGGAAACAUAUGCUUAUUAUGAUCUUCCCUAUUGUCCUCCAGAUAUUGUGAAAGAGGAAAAGCUUAGUCUUGGUGAAAUGUUGAAUGGCGAUCGCCUUGUCUCAACUCCAUAUAAGUUUGAGUUCCUUGUGGAUAAAGCUUAUGAAGUAUUAUGCAACACGACACUCAGCAAAACAGACGUUUCUAAGUUUAGAACCGCAAUCGAGAAGGAUUACUAUAUGCAGUUGUAUUUUGAUGACUUGCCAGUUUGGGCUUUCAUUGGAAGGAUGCAAAAGAAUUAUACAAAUGAAGGGACCGAUAGCAUAUCUAUCCUUACCACACAUUUUGAUUUUGAAGUUUUCUUCAAUAAGGAUCGUGUUAUAGAGGUCAAUCUUCGGACAGAUUAUAAUUCAUUGGCAUAUGUGACAGAGGACAAAGAAGUUGACGUCGCUUUCACAUAUUCUGUUGGUUGGAAGAUGACACAACAACCUUUUGAUAAAAGAAUGGAAAAAUACGUCGGCUAUUUAAUUUUACCACACCACUUGUCCGUUCAUCAUAACUCCAUUGCAUUCUCAUCUGUCACACUCGUCAUUCUCGUUAUUCUUCUACUUACAUUUUAUGCGCUGGUCCUGCGCAAAGACAUUUCCAAGUACUCACACGAUGUGGAAGAGACUCAAGUGGCGGAGAAUCAUGAAGAGACGGGAUGGAAGAACAUCCACGGUGACGUAUUUAGAUUCCCAAAACACAAGUCGUUAUUUGCGGCAGCUCUUGGUUCUGGCACUCACUUGCUUGUACUCAUCGUAUCAAUUCUUGUUCUGGGCCACCUAGGUUUCUUUCCACCCUAUGUUCGAGGAGUAUUCUGGAAUGCACUUGUCAUUGUAUAUGCGAUUACAUUCGUAAUUUCAGGAUAUACGUCUGUAUCUUUCUAUUCACAACUCGAAGGAACCAAUUGGAUGAAGAACGUUUUGCUAGCAGGAGGGUUAUUUUUUGUGCCCCUUGUUCUUACAUUUAGUUUCCUAAACAGUAUUGCUAAUUUUUACGGAACAACUGCCGCAUUGCCAUUGAGAGGAAUGGUCAUAUUAACUGGUUUGUGCGUAUUUUUGGCAUCACCGUUGCUUCUUUUAGGAGGGAUUAUUGGGAAAAACCGAGCAUCUGAUUUCCAAGCUCCGUGUAGAACUGCCAAGUGUCCUAAAGAGGUUCCUCAACUACGAUGGUACCGGGGUGUUCUUCCUCAGAUGGCUUUAGCCGGGAUUUUGCCAUUUAGUGUAAUAUACAUUCAGCUUUACUACAUAUUUGCAACCGUAUGGGGCCAUCGCCUUUACACACUUUACGGUAUUCUGUGUGUAGUCUUCAUUCUGCUUUUGAUCAUGACUGCUUUAGUGUCGGUGGCACUGACAUACUUCCAGCUGGCUGUUGAAGAUCAUGAAUGGUGGUGGAGGUCAUUUUUCUGUGGUGGGUCAACAGGAUUCUUUAUAUACGGUUAUUGUAUCUAUUAUUAUUUCUACAGAUCAGAUAUGACGGGUUUCAUGCAAACCUCAUUUUUCUUUGGGUAUAUGGCUUGUGUCAGCUAUGGCGUGUUUCUAGUACUUGGAAGUGUGGGUUUCCGUGCUUCGUUGCUCUUUGUCCGUUACCUCUAUGCAGCUAUAAAAUGCGACUAGCAGGUUUGUUAUGAUAUACGGUUUUUCUUGCUAUCUUCGAGUUCCAGUUGCAUCAGGGCAGGUCUAUUAAUGAUCACCAAAACAUGUCCAGAUGGUUGGAAGGAAGAACAUUGAAGCUCUUGACAAUGUAGUUCUUCGGUUUAUACUUUUACGUACCUAUAUAUGUGUACUCUUUUCACAUACUUGUUAUAAGCGCAAAAUCAAAUAAUACAUACAUUUGUUAUGAUUACAAAAUCAAAGAAUGUACUCUUACAUUUACAUUUUAUAUCAAAUAAUACAUACUGAAUGCCCCUAUAA